GGCCCAAAUAGAAGCAAAGAGGUACCUCGCGGUGGGAGAGCGAGAACGAGGAAGGUCGGUGCGGUGCCGGAGCUGUUGCGAUGGCUGCCGAGACGGAGGAGGAUCUUCUGCUCAAGAGUUUCAUGUCUGAGGUCAGCGAAGUGGAGAGGGAUAACGAGGUCACCAGGAUACUCUCAUGCUUUAAGCUGAAUCCUUUUGAGCAUCUUAAGUUGUCCUUUGAUUCCUCGGUUGAUGAAGUGAAGAAGCAGUAUAGAAGGCUGUCCUUACUGGUUCACCCUGACAAGUGCAAGCAUCCACGAGCAAAGGAGGCUUUUGCUGCAUUGGCAAAAGCUCAGCAGUUACUCCUUGAUCCACCGGAAAGAGAAUACCUUCUUAGCCAAAUCAGCACUGCUAAACAGGAGCUUAAGCUAAAAAGGAAGAAAGAACUCAAGAAAGGCAAUGCUUCUAAAAUAAAAGCAAUGGUAGAUGAGGGGAAAUAUGAGCAGCAGUAUGAACAAUCAGAAGAGUUCAAGCAAGAGUUGAAAAUUAAAGUGCGUGAAAUUUUAACUGAACAAGAAUGGCGGAGGAGGAAAAUGGCAGUGCGGAUAUCCGAAGAGGAAGGAAGAUUGAAGAAAGAUGAAGAAGAAACAAAGGAGAUGUGGAAAAGAAAACGUGAACACGAGGAACAGUGGGAGGAAACAAGAGAUGGGCGAGUUUCCAGCUGGAGAGAUUUUAUGAAGACUGGAAAGAAGGGCAAAAAAGGCGAGAUACGACCUCCCAAACUGAAGACAGAGGAUCCAAACAAGUCUUACGUGCAAAGGCCUGUAAAACGAAGUUGAGAAUCACGCGAAAACAAUAUCUGAUUCUCUCUGGAGUAAGUCUGCCAUGCCGGAUUCAGUUAACUGUACUAUUUACUCCGGCCAUUAAGGCGUGUUAACAUCCAUCGGAGUUGUACACCAGAGUGCAAAACAAAUCGCUAAUUCUCCCCUGUCCCAAUUGCCACAGUUUCUUUGCGAGUCUUGUUGGAUGAUUAAAUCAUUUUCAGCACAUAUACUCACUACUGGAUAUGCUAAAUGCUGCAGAUAACUUGUAAUUAGAUAGGUUUACAGUACAUGUUUACAGGCUGCAAUUUCUGAGAUUCAUGGCUUGAAUCUCUUGUCGUUGAGGAAAGUUGAUGUAUUUGUUAGUUUAUUCACAAAACAAAAGACCAAACUUUUGGUUUAAAUUGACACAAUAUUCUUUUGUUGAUCGUUUAAUCGAAUGGGUAGGCAAUCCGAUCAA